UAAUAUUUUAGCAAAUAUCUUUAAUAGCCAUACGAAAUUUCAUUGAAACUGACAACAUAGAUAAACAAGGAAAUAGUUGGAUUUUGAUGAUGGAUGAAGAACUACCAUUAAAUCUCGAAGACAUGAGCUCCAGCAAUCAAAUCGUUAGAAAAAAAGGUCGGCCAUUAAAAUUGGAAAAGAAGCUGAGACCUACUGGGGGUGCUUUCCAGAAUAUUAUGUAUGAAAAAAAAUUGAAAGACAAACCAAUAAAAUUGUGUCGAGUGUGUUUAAAUGCAGGCGACAUUCCAAUCCACGGCGACGAAACGAUAGAAGAUUUAUCUGAAUCCCUAAUAUUUUAUGGGGGCAUAGAGGUUCUAGAAAGUGAUAACUUUCCAAAGUUUUUAUGCCACGCCUGUCAUGAGCAACUUCAAAAUGCCAUUAUGUUUAGGAAAACAGCCAUAGAAACCGAUCAAUUUCUCAGAGUAACCGAACAAAAAGAAGAAGUAGAGUAUGCAGUGUCAGUAAAGCAAGAAUAUUUGGAUAUUGAUGAUGAUAUAUUCCAGGAAACACUGGCUGAUAUAAAUACAAAGUAUCAUUGUAAAUUAUGCAAAAUAGACUUUGAUAAUUCAACCGAUUAUGGGACCCAUAUGCUGACUGAUAUGCAUAGUAGAGUCAGAGACAAAUGCCCAUUUUGCAAUAGAAAGUUUAAUUACAUUCAAAAGCAUUUAACCCAUCACCGAAAUUUUAAGACAAUAAAGUGUGAGAUUUGUAAUCAUAAGUACUUAGAAUCGUUGAUAAAACGUCAUAAAGACACUCAUUUCUCCUCUCCAACAUACAAAUGUACGGAAUGUCCAUACCGAACACGUUUCGGUGGAGACUACAAGGUGCACUUGAGAAAACACACCGGUGAAAGGCCUUAUCAAUGUCAGCAUUGUACGGCCAAGUUUAUUAACAAAAGCAAUCUUACCAGGCAUGAGUACACUCACAGAAAUCAAUUACCUUUAUAUCCGUGUGAUAAAUGUGAAAAAGGUUUUUAUACGGAGCGUGAAUUAUCAAUGCAUACUAAAGCAGAUCACGAUGGGGCAAGAGAGCACCUUUGCAAUAUUUGCGGAAAGGCAUUCGGAUACAGAAAGAGCAUGACGAAGCAUCAGUUAAAAGUACAUAAAAGGGAAAAAUUAAUAAGCGGUAGAAAGAGAGCCCUUUCUUUGCAAUUACGAGACCACAAUGAUGCUGACCAGCCUCCAGAUAAAAAAAUCAAAAAUGAAAUACAUAGUUCAAUGUAAAACUGACUCCAGUUAAAUCUAGAGGGUUUUAAUAAUAAAAGUUAAUACAGCUAUUAUUUGUUUUAUUUUAAGUCAAUUAGCACCCCAAGUUAAUAACAGAAUAGUAAUAAAUUACAUUUUAUUGUACAAUUCAUUAAGCACAUUGUCACAG